CAUGGGCAAUCGGGAUCACUUAUCACUUAUCAGUUCACUCGGACACUCGACAGACUCGACUUCACGUAAACGUAAUUACAAAGGAAUUUCUCUUCGACAUUUCCGAACAUUUCCGAGACCGAACGUAAACAGAUAAGAAAGUGAUUCGUUGCACUGACUAUUGUAAUUACUCAUUCGGUUAUUAUUGCUCUCGAGAGGCAGACCUUUUUGCGUCGCAAUUGAGAGACAGUAAAAAUGUCUAAUCUUAGGAAUAGCAGCAUACUUCUAAUAGUCUGUGGAAUAUGGUGUGCAGCGGCGCUUCCCAAAGAAGCUUUGACAGCUCCAACAUUCAGUAAAACAUAUACAGUGAAGGGAACAUUGUAUAUACCGUAUGCAGAAAUUCGAGAACCUUUCUAUGCAUGGUAUAAUGGCAACAGUGGCUCCAGUAGAAUAGAUUAUUAUGGAGGAAUGGUUAAAACCUUUCAAUUGGCUCACAAAGGACAAUAUGGAGCCAGUAUAAAAUUAGCACCUAUUACCACAGAGACUGUUAAUAAUGAAGAAACAUGUCUUCAAGUGAAUGGUACUAAUGAUCUUAAGAUACAACCACAAUCUAUUAUUCCAGAUGCAUCUGAGAUGCAGUGUAUUGGAGAAGAGAUGAUCAAUGGAUUAUUGUGUGAGAAAUGGCGACUAGUACAAGAAAUUGGGGAAAAAACAAAUAAGUACACUCUCUGGAUACGUUAUAAGAAAUCGCCAUAUCUACCAAAGGUCAAGGAACCUAUUCCUGUGAGGUAUGAAAUGAGAGGAUUUAAUAGUCUUUUGGGUUCACAUUAUGAUCAUUAUUAUUUGGAGUAUGAUUGGUACUCCUUCGACAAACCUUCCGAUGAUGUCUUUAAAAUCAUAGAAGAUACUAAGUGUGUCAGCUUCCCAGGUCCAGGUGAAAAUCACGUAUACACCUUUAACCCAAUGCGUGAAUUCAUUCAUAAUUAUGAGGAUCAUUUGCAUGAAGCAUUUGAUGAAUUUAAAAAAACUCACAAAAAAACUUACAAAGAUGACUUGGAUCAUAUGUAUCGCAAAGAUUUAUUUAGACAAAAUAUUAGAUUUAUUCAUUCUACAAACCGUGCCAAUUUAGGUUAUCAGUUAGAUGUGAAUCAUUUGGUGGAUCGUAGCGAUCUCGAAUUAAAGGCUUUGCGUGGCAAGCAAUACACUCCAGGCUACAAUGGUGGAGCACCAUUUCUACAUGACAUCGAAAACGAAAUCGCAGAUGUUCCCGAAAGUUUAGAUUGGAGACUGUAUGGUGCUGUAACGCCAGUCAAAGAUCAGUCUGUUUGCGGUUCUUGUUGGAGUUUUGGUACCACUGGUGCGGUAGAAGGUGCAUAUUAUAUGAAGUAUAAUAAAUUAGUACGCCUAUCUCAACAGGCUCUCAUCGAUUGUUCAUGGGGAUAUGGUAAUAAUGGAUGCGAUGGUGGAGAGGAUUUCCGUUCAUAUCAAUGGAUGAUGAAACACGGUGGCUUACCUACUGAAGAGGAUUAUGGUGGCUACUUGGGACAGGAUGGAUAUUGUCACAUAAAUAACGUAACACUAACAGCCAAGAUUACUGGUUUCGUUAAUGUUACACCACGCAAUGUAGAUGCUUUGAAAAUCGCCAUUGCUAAACAUGGUCCUAUUUCUGUUGCUAUCGAUGCCUCCCACAAGACAUUCUCUUUUUAUGCUCAUGGAGUGUAUUAUGAUCCUGCUUGUGGCAACACCGAGGAUAAGUUAGAUCAUGCUGUUCUGGCUGUUGGAUAUGGUACUAUGAAUGGAAAAGGCUAUUGGCUGAUAAAGAAUUCUUGGUCGAAUUACUGGGGUAACGAUGGAUAUAUUCUAAUGGCGCAGGAGGAUGACAAUUGCGGAGUUCUUCUUGCUCCCACAUAUGUUACUAUGUAAUUGUAGUUUUAUUUCUAAGAAUUAAUGGCACAUCAUUUAAGCUCUCUAAUAUUUCCAAUAGGUAUGUGAAUAAAUACAUAUAUUCAAAUAUAAAAAAAUUGAGAGGCUAAAAUAUUUAGUUAUUUAGUUACAUAUUUCAUAACGAACAAGCUAAUUAAUAAAUUGAUGAAGAUUGUAUGUAGUAAAAAAAA